AUGUCUAUGUUUUUCGCAAGAAACAGAAGAGCCAAGACCCUGAUCUUGGUGGUGUCGAUACUGAUCACGGUACUGGUGCUUUCUUCGUCCGCCGGUACAGAACACCUGUCGAAAUUCAAGCUGCCUACUUCUACUUCAUAUUCGAUAUAUGCCGCCUCCAAAGUGAAAGAAGAGCUCUCAGAGUCUGCAGCGCCAAGCUCUACUCCCGAAGAUGCGGAUAAUCUCAAAAACCUGUAUUUCAACCCUGAGCAAGGGGGAGUGAUCCCUGGAGGAUCGUCAGGAAACACAAAAGGCUGGAAAGUCUCUUCGAUAGACGAGUCUAAAGGACAACGAACGGACGACCGUUCCAUACCUCUUACAGACAACCAGUCACCGACAGAAGAAGCUCUCAACAAAAUUACCCCUGAAGACAUUGUUCGCGGCGAUGUUACGUUCCAAAACUUUUUCAUAGAGAUUUUCGAGCUGAUGAGAAAAAAUCAGUUGAGUUAUCCGCUAGCGGAAAGACAAACUCUCAAGGACGGAAAGCCAUUUAUUGAGAACGUUUUGUUUUAUGCUCAACCAUGGGAUAGACUCAGCGAGGAUGAUUGUUUGCAAUUUGUUAACUUCCCACCUCAGUUUAUCAAUGAUCUGACUCUCAAGCAUGAGACCGUGGUCAGCAACUUGCCUAAGAUCACUCCUCGAUUUUACAAAGGCAACGGAUACGUGAUUGUUGGUGGUGGCAAGUACUCGUGGUUUGCUUUGCUUGGUAUCGAGACCUUGCGUAAGGUGGGAUCUACGCUUCCUGUCGAGGUUAUUCUUCCUAGCGAUGAUGAGUACGAAUUUGAGUAUUGUGAUCAAAUUCUUCCGGCGUUAAACGCUAGGUGUGUUGAGAUGCCUAGAGUGUUUGGAAAAGAAACCUUAAGAAAGUUUGAGGUGAACGGUUAUCAAUUCAAAGCCUUCGCCCUAUUUGCAUCUUCAUUUGAAAACGCCUUUUUUCUGGACUCUGACGCAUACCCGGUUGGAAACCCUGAUCCACUGUUUGAGUCUGAUCUUUAUAAAGAGUACCAGAUGAUCACGUGGCCGGACUUCUGGAGAAGAACAACGUCUCCAUACUUCUAUCAAAUCACCGGCCAAGAAAUCGGACAAAAACAAGUGAGACAUCUAAACGACAUGUUCACCGAUCCAAAGUAUUACGAAUCCGAGCUCAACGCUGACCCAUACCACAACAUCCCACUCCAUGACAGAGAGGGAACCAUACCUGAUUGGACGACAGAGGCAGGUGAGAUGCUUAUCAACAAGACUCUUCAUUUCCAGACCUUGCUUCUGGCAUUGUACUACAACUUCGAUGGUCCGUAUGGAUACUAUCCUCUUUUAUCUCAAGGUGGAGCCGGUGAGGGUGACAAAGAGACGUUUGUUGCCGCAGCCCACUAUCAUGGUCUGAAGUACUACCAAGUCUAUAAACUCCCUGACAGAGCAUACGGAUGGUACAACCACGAACAGAACUACGAACACUCGAGUAUCGUUCAAUACGAUCCCCUGACGGAUUAUUCUAAUUUGCAACAGGUUAAGCAGAAUAUUCGCAAGGCUAUCGAACUGGAAGGAGACAACUUCCAGUACGACUACGAAAAAUUCUUUACCCAAUAUUUCCUUCCGUCAAACUCCAAGGUGUUAUUCUACCAUGUGCAUGAUCCAAAAAUGGAUCCAUUCAACAUUGUCAAUAAUAGGUACACGUUCGAUCUUGAUGGAAACCGCAUCAGAAACCUGGGUGAAGAUUUCCCAGAGUUCGACUUUGAUUUGGAAAACUUCAUCUGGAACGUCAUCAAUCACUAUGUGUGCGAGAAGAAAAUCAAUUUCAAGCACUUCGAGAACGCCGAUUGGAACUCCCUGUGUGACGGGUUCAUCCAGGACCAGCUCAAAUUCCUUGCUGAAUCUUCGAGACGAAUUUUCAGCGACCACAACAAGGUCCCUCCACCUGAUCUUGUUGAGGCUCCGGAGAAGGCCGAAAAAGUUGAGACACCGGAUGACGUUGCUGUUGAGUAA